AUGCUUCAGCAGGCAUAUGGGCGCGGUUUACAUCAUAGGUGUGUUAGGAAGCGGACGGUUUCAGGUAUUUCAGCAUUGCCAGAUCGCGACGGUACAGGAAGACUCCAUGACAUUUGGAUUUGACUUGAAAGACUUGCAAAUACUUUUUCUACACACUGCAAAUUCAGGAUUCAUAACUGUGUGACGCUCCGGGGAAGGUGAACUGAUCCUGUUGGACUUAAGUUGGACUUCGGUUGGAGCGUGUUUUGGAAGAUGCAUUCCGCCAGAUACGACGGCCGCAAUGGCCGUCAAGAGCGGAUUGACUUCUUAACCAGCAAAGAGAAGGUCUCAUCAAAGCGGAAGGUCGCCAUCCUGAUCGGGGUCCUUGUGGCUCUUCUCAUCCUUGCGGCCAUUGCAGCUUUUCUCAUUUGGCGGUUUGUCUUUAAAGAUGCUGAUUCAGAAGCCACUUCAAGUAAGCAGCUCAGCCCAUCAACACGGGUCUUCAGUGGGCAUAUACAGUUUGUUGGUGUACCGUAUGACCAGGAGCUGGAGAAUACUAAUGGAAAAGAAUUCGAGGAGUUGGCAGUCAACCUGGAAGCAAUUCUUAAGGAAAACUACAAGAAAGAUCCACUCCUUGAAAAGUACUACACUAAGUCUCAGAUCACUGCAUUCAGUGAGGGUAUGUUGGCCUUCUAUUGGACCCAAUUUGAUAUUCCAGUUGAAGAUCUGGAGAUCGUGCCCCAGUUCUCAGAGAUGCGGGUGCUGAAGGUACUGGAGAAUGGCAUUAAGGAGCAGCGCAGCCUGGGGAACCACCUGUUUGUCAAGAUCACUGAUGUCACUGCCUCAUUAACAGAUUCUCGCAUGGUGAGGAACCCCAGAGACGGUGAGGACUGUUUCUACCGUCUGGAGGCUGAUGAAACGGAAAAAAAAUUUAUGUCACCAGGGUACCCCACAGGGUACCCCACCAAGUCCCGUUGUCAGUGGCAAAUCCGAGCUGCAGAGGACAGCGUCAUAUUGGUCUCUUUCCCUUUUUUCCACAUCGAGGAUGACUGCAAUCAUGACUUUGUCUCCAUCUAUGACUCUUUGAGUCCAGAUGACUCUCAGGCCAUCACAAUAAAGUGUGGGCAGAGGCCCCCCUCCAACCCUCUGGCAGUGGUGUCAUCCGGCAACAUCAUGCUGAUUAAUUUGAUAACUGACUCGGAUAUCCAUAGGGCCGGAUUCCAGGCCGUGUACAGCACCAAACUCCGGUCCAACGUUAGAACCUGUGGUGGCAUUCUUUCUGAAAAUCAAGGAGUCUUUACCUCUCCACUUUACCCCAGCUUCUAUCCUCCUACAGUGGACUGCAAUUGGACCAUCAAGGUCCCUGCUGGGAACAAGGUGCGGGUGAAGUUCACCAUGUUCCGCAUUAAAGAGCCCAGGGUGGACACCCGUGAUUGUCACAAAGACUAUGUGGAGGUUAUGGACAACAAGUAUUGCGGAGAAAUUUCAUCUUUGGCUCUGACCAGCGAGACCAACACCCUCAUGGUGAGCUUCCACUCCGAUGAGUCCUACACUGACAAAGGCUUCAGUGCCGAGUACAGCGCUUACGAUCCUGCAAACCCUUGCCCCAACAAGUUUACCUGCGCCUCUAGCAUCUGCAUCGCAAAAGAACUGAAGUGUGAUGGCUGGAACGACUGCGGUGAUAUGAGCGACGAGAUGAAGUGCGAGUGCGGGAAGGAUCAGUUUGCUUGUGACAAUGGCCUGUGCAAACCCAAACUCUGGGUGUGCGAUCGCGUCAAUGACUGUGGAGACGGGAGCGAUGAGAAAAGUUGCAGUUGUGAUGUGGGCGAGUGGCGCUGUGGUAACGGGGUUUGUAUGCCUCAGGAAGUUGUGUGCGACAAGAAACAGGACUGUGAAGAUGGAAGCGACGAGGCCUCUUGUGAAGGCGAGGUGGGCCAAUGCUCUGACUACAGCUUCAAGUGUGGGAACAACCAAUGUGUCAACAAGGUGAAUGCCGAAUGUGACCGUGUCAGCGACUGCUCUGAUAACUCUGACGAGGCCAACUGCGCUUGUGGCACCAGGCCCUAUAAGCUGAACCGCAUCGUAGGAGGGCAGAACGCUGAGUUGGGGGAGUGGCCCUGGCAGGUCAGCCUUCACUUCCUGACCAAUGGGCAUGUUUGCGGGGCCUCCAUCAUAUCUAACAAGUGGAUCCUUUCGGCUUCCCACUGCUUUGUCACCAGCAGCGCAGAGAACCUCGUUGCAUCCAACUGGCAAACCUACAGUGGCAUGCAGGACCAGUACAAGCGGGAUGGAGUGCAGCUCCGAUUUGUGAAGAGGAUCAUCCCACACCCAAAUUACAAUCAGAUGACCUUUGACUAUGACAUUGCACUGCUGGAACUCAAGGAGCCGCUGGAAUUCACCAACACCAUUCAACCCAUCUGCCUACCCACUUCCUCCCACAUCUUCCCUGCAGGCAUGUCCUGCUGGGUCACAGGCUGGGGCGCGCUCCGAGAAGGAGGUUCAAAGUCACAGCUGCUGCAGAAAGCAUCGGUGAAAAUCAUCAACGACACGGUGUGCGAUGUGGUCACAGAGGGCCAACUCACCUCCAGGAUGCUCUGCAGUGGAUUCUUGGCUGGAGGAGUUGACGCAUGCCAGGGAGACUCCGGAGGCCCCCUAGUAUGUUUUGAGGAGAGUGGUAAGUGGUUCCAGGCCGGCAUCGUAAGCUGGGGUGAGGGCUGCGCCCGUCGGAACAAGCCUGGUGUCUACACACGCGUCACCAAGCUAGUAGACUGGAUCAGGAAGGAGACAGGGAUUUGAUGAUGUCGGCAGGAACAGAGAGAGAUGGAGAAUGUGGUCCAACAUCAUAGUGCUAAAGGUAAUGGAGACAGAACAUUUGAGUCGGAUUUGGGACAAGUCUCUCCGAAAUGUAUUAAUAUAGCAGCAGACUGAGGAUAUUGCUGCACGGACCCAACUGCUCACAUGAGUGACUUAAAGCACUUUAUACGGUUGCCAACCCCCAUUUUACCACUCCCACUCAUUCUCUCUCUCUCACACACACACACACAUACACACACACACACACACACACACACACACACACACACACACAGUCACACAGUCCACUCAAACUCAUAUUUUGUAUAGUUUAAGUAAAUAGUAUAAGGCAUAAAUCAGCACAAUGUCUUUUACCUAGCCAUCAAUAAUGUUUUACUGGUGAAUAAACCUUGAGUGCAAAUGAUGAAAUAUGCAAAUUCUGGGAAUUAGUUGUCCAAGAUAACUUUUUAAUCUGAACAUUUUACACAUUUGAUAGUGUACAAGUAGGUAGUGCUUUUAAGCGUUAGUGUUGUGUAUUUCUAAACUGGUGAUAGGCCUUCAUCCUCUUUGGGUGCAGUCAAUGUUUCACUUUGCCAGUGGGCUCAUACUUUAUAUAGCUAUGAAUUUGGGAUUGUGUUUAUCAAAGUAUCUUAAAGGACCAUAACUCUUGUUUUAGCCUAUUUGCUACAAAACACUAAUACAUUACUGACGAUUAUUUGCCAAAGCAUAGCAUAGGUUUUUAGAUUGAUUAUUUAGUUUCAUCUGCCACACAGCCAUUAGUCUCAGUUUUUAUCAGAAAAGUAUAAGCAUUAACCGGUGAUAACAUAAGUUAAGAGAAAAAAAAAAGUAUCAACAUGUUACUCAAAUCCAUGCAGGGGCAUUUUCAUGUGAUACUAAAAAUAAUUGAAAGCAGAAGUGUAUAAAAUGCAAAAAUCAAUCUAAAAGCCCAUAUCAGUGAUGUUAAGUAUACCCGAUUUGUAGUCAGUGGGCUAAAACGGAUAAAAAGUCCAGAAUGUAAAGACUGGUGUGAUGCUAAAGUUGUUUUAAGUUGUUUUUGAUCUGGGAAGGGGUCCUAGAUUAGUAUUUAUAUUACAGAUGCUUACUGGCCUUGUCUGGUCUGUGAAUGAAUUGUUUGCCAAAAAGUGAUAUUAAAAAAAAACGGGGGGGGGGGGGGGGAUCAGAGGAUGACUAUUACAUUGAGUUGGCUUUUGCACAGGUCUCAAGUUAAGCUCAGGGUUUUUAAGGCCGUCACUCACACAACUGAGACCUUAGAUAAACCAAUGGGUUUUCAUCAGUUUGCCAAAGCAACGCAAUGAGUUUCUAUCUCUGCGAGUUUUCUCUCUUUUCUCACGACCAACUCAGUCAACUUUUAAAUUUUAAGAUUUGACUGGAUGGUUUCUUUUAGUCUACUUGCCUUCAUCUCUGACUUAUCUUGGGAAUAUUGUAUCCUGGAUAAGCAAAUCAAAGAUUUGCAUAAGUAUUAUUUAUUGGAGGGGAAAGAAUUAAGAAGAAAAAUGUGUUGAGGAUAUCACUGAGGACCUCUUUCAAUAAUUCCAUAGAGCCUUACAGUGAAACUAUGCAAGCGUAAAUGUAUUUUUUUUAAAGUAGGGAGAAGCCACAACUUAGAUGGGUUCAUGAGCAUUGUACAGUGUGAUUUGGAAUAUCAACAUACUUUAUAACCUUUCUUUGUUUGUGUAUGUUCACUUUUUUUGUAUGAAAGAGUCGUAGUAAUAAACAUCUUUUAUCCGAUUCCUCAGCACCUAAUUGCAUUAUUUGUACUAUUUGUCUUUGACAAGGUCUCGUUUUGUAUUAUGUUGUGCAUAAUAAAUGCAUGUCUUGGGA